GCAUAGUACGUACAGUGAAACGUCAUCACGCACAGCCUCGUUUGCAUUCUGCGCGGGACAGUCAGUCGCGCAGGAUCAGGAGCGAGAGGAGAAAGUGUGAACAGUGAGGAUGAAGAUUUACUUCUGUGGGAGUAUCCGCGGCGGCAGAGAGGACGUGCACCUGUACCGGAGGAUCGUGGACAAGCUGCAGACCUACGGGACCGUGUUGACCGAGCACGUGAGCAGCAGCGAGCUCUCAGACAGAGGAGAGGCAGCUGCAGAAGUAGGUGACAAAUUCAUCCAUGACAGAGAUGUGGACUGGCUCCGGCAGAGUGACGUGGUUGUUGCUGAGGUGACGCAGCCAUCUUUGGGUGUGGGCUACGAGCUUGGCCGAGCCAUCGACAUGAGAAAGAAGAUCUUCUGUCUGUUCAGACCUUCAUCGGGACGCAGUCUCUCUGCCAUGAUCCGAGGAGCCGAUGAUGGGGAGCUUUUUGUGGUCAGAGAUUACAGCGAGGGUGAGAUCGAGAGCAUCCUGGAAGAGUUCUUUAACAAACUGAAAAGCAUGAAGAGCAGUCAGACUGUCACUGUAUCCAGUGAGGUCAAGUCAACCUGAAAGAGUCAAUAAAGUUUUUAGAUUUGAG